AUGCCCUACAAAUACCCCAUCCAUCCCUUCCCAAUCCCACCAGUCCCUCCAUCAGCCCAUCCCACUCAGGAAGACUAUAUUCGAGACCGCAACGCCAUCACGGAGAUCAUUUUCCUGCACUUCCGGCCCAACACGCCGAUUGAAGAUCCGUCAACGUCUGCAGGGGAACUCUGGACGCAAGCCCUCGAUUCGAUUCGCGGGUCUGAGGAACAGGGGACUCAGCCGUUACCUGGGUUUGGGAGGUUGUAUUGGGGCAGAGUUGAGAGGGGGAGUAUUAAUGGUGGCGGUGAUGGAGAUGUGGUUCUUUUGGUAAAUGACUGGGACGACCUCGCCCUUCAUACCCAACAUCAAUCCCAACCCCAAUCCCAAUCCCCUCUCUCAACGCUCAUGGAAACCCUUUCUCCCAUCCUCCUCUCACCUCCUCCCAGCUCCGGUCCCAGUUCCAUCUCCGUCAAAUUCACCACCCACCCGCCCCUCUCCGCCACGAGUACCUCAUUACCACCCUACCCCGUGACGGCUCUCACCGUCGCCAAAUUCCCAUCUACCAUGGACCCCGCCGAGAAGGCCCAGAUUCCUGCGUUGUGGCAGUAUACGCGCCAGGGCUUGUUUCCGAGGGGCCAGCAGCGGAGGUAUGGGUGUUUGGGCGCGGUUGGGGGGUGGGUUCAUGGUAUCAUGGUAUCCAAGGGGUUUGGUGGUGAUGGGAGUUGGGAAGGGGAAGGGGAAGGAGGAGGAGAAUGGUACGUUAUGAUGGACAUUUGGGAAGCGAAGGAGAGACGGGAGGAGUGGGCGGGGAGAGAGGAGGCAGCGUUGUUGAGGAAGAAGUGGGAGGAGAGAGCGACGGAUGGAAUGGAGAUGUGGUAUGGGAGGUUGGGGAUGUGGAAGAAGGGAGAGGGGAGUUUAUAG